AUGGCUGACAACGCUGGUGCUGCACCCGGCGCUGGGGAGACUCGCGACCCCAACCCGCACGGCUACCCGCCUAUCCUCGACAAGAUUCUCUAUCACGGCCACCCCCAGAUGUUCGGUCAUUUCUCCGGCGCCAACCACGCUUUCUUCCCGGUCACCCAGCACAACCCGUACCACUACCUCGUGUUCAUGCACAACAAGGACGACGAUUCCCCCGGCUACACGGUCCUCAAGGUCAAGGGCAUGCGUCGCAAGCCGAUGCGUCUUCCCAUGCCUGACUCGCGUAUCAUCAUCCCCAAAUACGAGAAGGAGGGCAUCGAGGACUACCGCACGAAGAAGGUUCCCAAGCCCAACUAUGCCAUUCACUUCCUCAUCACGGCUUUCAAGAGCACCCGCAUAGUCGACUUCCGCUCGGACAACCGCGCGGUCGAGCACCUUUCGGCCGCCAUGGGCCCCCUCGACCUCGUGCGCAUCCACCACCGCACCGACGGCGAGCCUGGCGACCCCAGUGUGGCCAUCAAGACUGGGUUCGAGGCCGACACCAUUGUCGUCUUCGGCACCCUCACGCCCCCCGUUCCCGUGCGUAACGACGGCAGCAAGUGGUCCACUCCCGGGCAUCGCAAGAUCGUUCUCUGCCCCCUGUUUGACACGUUCUACAAGGGCCACGGCCACAUCGACCGCAUCGAGUACCAUGCGGCCCCGAACAGCCAGCUCGUCAUUGUGCUCUACCACUGCAUGCGCUUCACCGCGGACGAGGUGCACAAGGUGAAGCACCGUUUCGUCUGCCUCCUCAAGUCAAUCAACACCACCCUUGCAGCUGCUACGUCGGCCCAGUACCCCCCUUCCUCGAUCAAGAUUGUCGACCUCCGAGAGCUGCUCGUGGGUAUCCACAUGUGUUACCUUGGCACCAGCCGGACGACGACCGAGAGUCUUGGGAUGGAAGGUCUUCUCAAUGCCAACAACUGGGUCAAGGGCAUCCUCCCGACCACCCCAGCCGAAGGCGAAGGCGACGGCGACGGCGACAGCGACGAGGAAAACGAUGACCACGACCACCUGCCGACCUACUCCCACCGCCACGAUCGCCCUCCGAUCUACACCGAGGAGCCGGAGGAGGACCCUCACCCCGAGCAGUGCUGCUGUGAUAGCCUCCCCGGCCUUCGCUCUGCCAUCCGCAAGCUCUCCACCCUGGUCAAGGACAACCCCAUCGAGAUCGUCGAGUGCGACAAGUACUUCGUUUCCAACCUCCCCAUCAAGGAAGACCAACUCCUUCGUCUCCAGUUCAAGGCCAACAAUGCGCUCAUCCCCGACAGUCUUCCGCGCUGCCGUCGUCAUGAUCAGCAUGAGGCCCACGAGUGCUCGUUUUCGGACUCGGACUCGAGCUCGGACUCGAACUCUGACUCGGAGUCGGACGGUCCUGACACCAAGACCGACACCGAUAAGAGCCCGAGAAGAAGAACGAGAAGGAGUAAGGCGGCCAUCACCUACGCCAUGGGCAUGGUGCUCGGCAUCUGCUGCGUCGUGUGCAAGCGCAAGGGUCAGUGGUCGGACGACAAGGCGCUGGGGCACCAGGGCAAGACCACCAUCCUCACGCCGACUGGCGAGGAGGAGGCAGAGAAGAAGAAGCAGGAGAAGAAGGCCAGCGGCGCCAAGGAGGACCCCUCGUCUAUACCCCUGAACCUGGCUUACGUGUCGAAGAGGUUCCUCAGCAGGAUCAUCAAGUACGACGGGACCGUCGCGUCGGUCUCGCCUUUCCUCGACGCCUUCAACAUCUUGCUGCACAUUGAGCUGUGCGGCCCACCGCAGACUAUGGCUCACUUUUACGCCGCCGCGCCCCCCGACUACCCCGCUGAGCUCAUUUUCAAGCAGCGCGCCCGCGCCAUUGACAACGAGUACCGCCAGGUGGUGGACAGCGAGCUCGAAGCCAUCUUCGAAUACGUGACGUCUCCUGCAUCGGGAGGGGAGGACGAGGACGAGGGUGAAGGUGAGAGACGGGACUUUGAUCCUGGACCGGUCUACUCCGUGCUCUCCAGGAUCACCCACUUCGCGGAGGGCCUCUUCCGACAUCACCUAGGCAACCUCACCGCCGAGGCGGAAAGCCGCAUCGAUGCGGCCCGCGAGGCGCGCGACGGCGCGCUCGAUGGGCUGGCGGCGGAGGCGGAGGGCGCCGCCCUGACGCUCAAGCGCAAGCUUGACAAUGCAAACAAGCGCAAGCGCACAACUCGUGCCGCCGCGGCCGGCGACGACGACGAAGACGACGAAGACGAAGACGAGGGCACAGCCGGCCUGUCCUCCGGUGUCGCCGACUCCUGUGUGGCGGUGUACAUACUAAAGAUGUACGACGUGAUUUUGUUAUGGGGUUGGGCCGAUUAG